GUGCAGCAGCCCAGCUGCCGUGUCUGCCGGGAGGGGCUGCCAAGUGCCCUGCCUACUGGCUGCUUCCCGAAUCCCUGCCAUUCCACACACAAACACAUCCACACAUGCUCAGCCUCGCUCACACACGGAGCCACACGCACAUGCAAGCACGUCCCUCCCUUCAUUCUCACUGUUUCAGCUCUUGACUUCCACGAGCCCAUGGAACCUUUCUGGAAAGAUGCUCUUGAUCCAGCAGGGUGGCCGAUGGGCUGCUGAGCCAUCUGCCAUGCGGGAAGACGGUUUGCACUUUGCUCGAGUCCGCUGACCAUGAACAUGACUCCUCACACCAAAGCGUCCGGGAUGGCUCUGCUGCACCAGAUCCAAGGGAAUGAGCUGGAGCCGCUGACCCACCCGCCACUCAAGAUCCCCCUGGAGAGGCCCCUGGGCGAGGUGUACGUGGACAGCAGCAAGCCCGCUGUCUACGACUACCCAGAGGGCGCCGCGUAUGACUUCAAUGCCGCGGCCGUCGCCUCCGCGCCCGUUUACGGCCAGUCCGGCCUCGCCUACGGCCCAGGGUCCGAAGCGGCGUUCAGCGCUAAUGGCCUGGGGGGCUUCCCGCCGCUCAACAGUGUGUCGCCGAGCUCGCUGGUGCUGCUGCACCAGCCACCGCAGCUCUCGCCCUUCCUGCACCCCCAUGGCCAGCAGGUGCCCUAUUACCUGGAGAACGAGCCGAACGGCUAUGCGGUGCGCGAGGCUGGCCCUCCCGCCUUCUACAGGCCAAAUUCAGAUAAUCGGCGCCAGAGUGGCAGAGAGAGAUUGGCCAGCACCGGUGAGAAGGGAAGCAUGGCCAUGGAAUCUGCCAAGGAGACUCGCUACUGUGCAGUGUGCAAUGACUAUGCCUCAGGCUACCACUAUGGAGUCUGGUCCUGCGAGGGCUGUAAGGCCUUCUUCAAGAGAAGUAUUCAAGGACAUAACGACUACAUGUGUCCGGCUACCAACCAGUGCACGAUCGAUAAAAACAGGAGGAAGAGCUGUCAGGCCUGCCGGCUGCGCAAGUGCUAUGAAGUGGGCAUGAUGAAAGGUGGGAUACGGAAAGACCGAAGAGGAGGGAGAAUAUUGAAACCCAAGCGCCAAAGAGAUGAUGGGGAGAAUAGAAAUGAAGCGGGGUCCUCUGGAGACAUGAGAGCUGCCAGCAUGUGGUCAAACCCUCUCUUGAUUAAGCACCCUAAGAAGAGCAGCCCUGCCUUAUCCCUGACAGCAGAUCAGAUGGUCAGUGCCUUGUUGGAGGCUGAGCCCCCCCUAAUCUAUUCUGAGUAUGAUCCUACCAGACCCUUCAGUGAGGCUUCGAUGAUGGGCUUGCUAACCAACCUCGCAGACAGGGAGCUGGUUCACAUGAUCAACUGGGCAAAGAGGGUACCAGGCUUUGUGGAUUUGACCCUCCACGACCAGGUUCACCUUUUGGAAUGUGCCUGGCUGGAGAUCCUGAUGAUCGGUCUCGUCUGGCGCUCCAUGGAGCACCCAGGGAAGCUCCUGUUUGCUCCCAACUUGCUCCUGGACAGGAACCAGGGAAAAUGUGUGGAGGGCAUGGUGGAGAUCUUUGACAUGUUACUAGCUACAUCAUCUCGGUUCCGUAUGAUUAAUCUCCAGGGAGAGGAGUUUGUGUGCCUCAAAUCCAUCAUUUUGCUUAAUUCUGGAGUAUACACAUUUCUGUCCAGCACUCUGAAGUCUCUGGAAGAGAAGGACCAUAUCCACCGAGUCCUGGACAAGAUCAUAGACACCUUGAUCCAUCUGAUGGCCAAAGCAGGCCUGACCCUGCAGCAGCAGCACCGGCGCCUGGCCCAACUCCUCCUCAUCCUGUCCCACAUCAGGCACAUGAGGUUAGCUGGGACAUAUUCUUCUCAUAGCGAUGGCAGAGGAACAAGAAAGCAAGCCGGGUUGGGCAAGUUCAUUUUAAUCUUUUAGUUAAGUUGCAUCUAUUAACAUUUUAUUGGCCAAGCAAGUUACAUGAUGAAGCUCAAAGUCAAGAUCGUAGACACGUGGCACAGGGAGUGAAUAUUCCUGAACAGUAAACCAAUCUAUCAUAGCUUAGAUGUCACUCCUUGCAGGAAGCAUCUCCUGACCCGUAACAUCUAGUUUGGACUUGUACCUGUUCUUCCCAAUCGUUAUUAGCCAUUGUAUGAUCUUCCUGCCUCCUCAGACUGUAAGCAAUGCGGGGCAGCUAUCACGAUCCAUCUUCCGUACUCUGUGUACCCAAUAUGACCUAGCACAGGGCUUGGCACAUAGUAACUACUCAAUAAAUAUUUUCUAUAAGAGCAAAGGAAGGACAUUAGCAGAGGAAAUAGAGCCUUUCUGUGACAAAAGGUGAAAGCGGCCACAUUUCCAUUCUAAAUAGACGUGUAGGGUAUCUGGCCACAGGCUUAGUGGAUUUUCUUCCCAUAAAAAGAACUCAGCGUACAGGGAAGAGAUGAAGAAAGUGGUAGAUUUUUUUACUCCAUGAAGGUUUCAAAAAUGAGGUGAAGUGUUGACACUACAGAAAUAAGUGUGACCUUGGGCUUACACGAGGACCCUAGGAAUGAAAAAGAGAUUCCUUUUCCUAGUGGCUAUGAGGGAAGGGCCAAGUGUCUGAAAAGGGUUGGAUUAAUUUUGAAGGGGCUUUUGAGACUAUGGGUCACAUGGCAAGAAGUUUUUCGCAUUAAAGUCCCAAGUGCUAUCCUUUCUGGAGACAACCUUUGCAUUGUUAGCUUCUUGAGAAAAUAAAUGUACUUUUUGUUCUUCGUAUCCCUCAUAGCGCCCUAAUGAAGUCUUAAUGUCAUAUAUGCUCACGGCAUUAUAUGAGGGAAUGAAUGAAUGAACAAAUUCCUUGAGUAUUUCCCCUACCCUAUGAAUUUGAAAUUCCCAAGUGAUGACUUCCAUUUGGCAAAGUUUGGGAGAAAGUGAGUAGUCUCUGUUCUCAGGGAUUCCCCAAGAAUCCCCAGUGUCACAGACAAAGGGCUCACCUUGGCCAGGUGGAGUUGGUGACUGCAUUUGGAGCACACAUUUCCAAUCUUUUCCCAUCUGUAUCUUGUGAUGAUCAUUACAAAGAGGACAGUGGGGACUGUAUCCAAAUAACAUAAUCCUCCACCAAACUUCCUGGCUAAGAGAGUGAUCUUCUUGAAGAACUGUAUUGAGCUAGGAAUUUCAAAGCUGUCACAGAAACCAUAUAUUGAAGAUGAGGAUUUUUAUUUGUUGGUGGGAAUUACUGAAUUUUCAAAUCUAUUAACUGCUCUUUAGUAUUAGCAACCCUAAUUAGUUAAUACCGAAUAUAUUUGCCCUAAAUUUAUAGGUCUUGCUGGUUUUAUCGGAAAUAUAUGGUGGAGAAGUGCAGCAGAGAGAGAACUCUCUAGAAUUUCUGUUUGAAUUGUGUGAAAAACUGGAGCAAAUUGCUAUUCCGUUGAAAGCUUUGAGCAUUCUCUCUCCCUCCCUCCUUCUCUC